CUGCUACGAAUAGCGACUUGGAGAGAGGGAGAUGGAGCGGUUUUCUUUCUAAAAGAGCGGUUUUCUUUCUAAAAGAGCAGGAGGGGAAGGGGAGGGGGAGAGAGAGAGAGAGAUUGGGCGUUGUGGAAGGCAGAGGGAAGGGAGUGGAGGGUUGAGGUUACCUUCUUCUUUAUUUCCAAAAUAGAGGAGGUGGUGGAGAGGAUUUAAGGCGUUUUAAUAACUCCGCCGUUCUUCGACCCAGGCGCCCGACUGCGACGCCGGGUCUUCAAUGGGGUAAGAAGCUAGAAGAGCGCAACAGAGGAUUCGGGAUCCCGAUAUCGGUUAUUUCUCAGCGCUUGGUCGUAGCCGUGCUGCCGUUGCUGAGGAGAGGAGACUGAGAAAGAGGAGGUAGAACGGGACUUGGUUCCGUGGUGUACGGGCCGGUCGUGCAGGAGAGCGCGAGGAUGGAGGCAGGAUUGGGAGGGCAGGAUCUAACCGAGGAGCUAUGGAGGUUGUGCGCGGGGCCGCUGGUCGAGGUGCCGCGUGAGAACGAGAGGGUCUUCUACUUCCCCCAAGGUCACAUGGAGCAGUUGGAGGCGUCUACCAAUCAGGAAUUAGAUCAGCAAAUUCCCCGCUUCAAUCUUCCUUCCAAGAUUCUUUGCCGUGUCGUUAACGUUCAACUUAGAGCUGAGUCUGAAACAGAUGAAGUCUAUGUUCAAAUUACUUUGCAUCCAGAGCCAGAUGAAAGCGAGCCUACAAGCCUUGAUCUAUCUCUUCCAGAGCGGCGAAGGCCAACGGUCCAUUCCUUCUGUAAGAGUCUAACGGCCUCUGACACGAGCACCCAUGGCGGGUUCUCCGUUCUUCGAAGACACGCCACCGAGUGCCUUCCUCCAUUGGACAUGUCGCAGCCAACCCCAACACAGGAGCUGGUUGCUAAGGAUCUCCAUGGUUUUGAGUGGCGGUUCAAACAUAUCUUUAGAGGUCAACCACGGAGACACUUGCUUACCACCGGAUGGAGUACCUUUGUCACAUCUAAAAGAUUGGUCGCCGGGGAUGCAUUUGUUUUCCUGAGAGGGGAGACUGGAGAAUUGCGUGUGGGAGUAAGGCGCCUCGCGGAGCAGCAAAGCAUGAUUCCAACAUCAGUGAUAUCGAGCCAGAGUAUGCAUCUUGGAGUGCUUGCAACUGCAUCGCAUGCUAUUUCAACUGGCAGUCUGUUCAUCGUCUGCUGCAAACCAAGAACAAGUCAGUUCAUCGUGGGCGUUAACAAAUACUUGGAAGCUGUUAAGAACGGAUUCACAGUUGGGAUGAGAUGCAGAAUGAGAUUUGAGGGUGAAGAUGGUCCUGAGAAAUGGUUUACUGGGACCGUAGUUGGAGUAGAAGGUGUAUCUUCUCAGUGGGCAGAUUCUAAGUGGAGAUGUCUGAAGGUUCAAUGGGAUGAAGCAACAAGUAUUCUGCGGCCAGAUAGGGUUUCUCCAUGGGAAAUCGAACCUUUUAAUGCCCCUGCUCCUGCUUUAAAUGCUCUGCAACCAGUGUUGUUCAAGAACAAAAGGCCUAGGCUACCCAUGGACGUAGUGGAUCACCCAGUUCUUGGUCAACAAGAACCCACAUCGCCAUUCUGGUAUUCAGGAACGUCCCGUUGUCAUGAUUUGGCUGCAUUAAGUAGUGUUGAUGCCAACAGCAGUGAAACUCAAGUUGUCUGGCCAUGCAUGCAGAAGGAAAUCAAGGGGGGAAAUGGUGUUCAAAAUGGUCCAGGCUCUUGCGACACCAUAGUACCGGAUGGUUGGCUGAAGGACUUGCGUUCGCCGGUUAUGAGCCCCCUAUCUUCACUGACAGAUGUUUCUCUGAAGCUAUUUCAGGACAUGAAUGAUGAGACCAAGGUCACUUCAUGGCCUGUUAUCCCUGGUUCUACGUUGGAGGAGCCAACAUUGAAGUUGGGUAAUGGUGUCGAAGAAUGGAAGAAACCUGAGGUUGGUAGCAGUAGUUGCCGGUUGUUCGGGAUUGAUUUAAUGAAUCAUUCCAAAAGCACAACCAUUUCUGAGAAGGCAAUUACUGCACCUGCUUUCACCAUAUCUGCUCCCCCCAUUGAGGGUCCUCCUUCUAAGGCACCUGCAUCAGUGGAUGUAUCAGACCAGCAAUCCGGGCUUUCGAAGGCUUCUAGAGAGCAGAAACGAGGCCUUGAUUCCAGUCCAAAGGAGAUCCAGAGUAAGCAUCAUGGUUCGACCAGAAGUCGCACAAAGGUUCACAUGCAAGGCAUGGCGGUGGGCCGAGCUGUGGAUCUAAUGAAUCUAGAAGGCUACAGUGAUCUGAUAACAGAGCUAGAGCAGAUGUUUGAGAUCGAAGGAGAGCUUCGCCAGCGGAACAAAUGGGAAAUUGUCUUCACUGAUGAUGAGGGUGAUAUGAUGCUAGUGGGCGAUGAUCCUUGGCCGUUGUUUUGCAAGAUGGUGAGAAAGAUGUUCAUCUAUACAAGUGAAGAGGUGAGGAAGAUGAAGCCCAAGAGCAAGUUUUCUGGUCCAUCUGCUGACGCCGAAGAAGCUGGUACCAGGGUUGAUGCUGCGUUUAUUCAAAAGGAACCCAAAGCUGAAUGAUCAAGAGAGUAGAAGUACUGGAAAAAGCUCGGUUUUUUUCAGAGCCUUCAACAGAUUGUUGGAGACUGGUUACAGAUAUUAAACUAAUGAUGAUUGCUUAGUUUAUUCUAGUAAGUAGGAGGUAGGUUAAAGGAAUUGGGCUUUAGAUUUUCUGCUAUAUGCGCGAACUCUCCUUGUACCUAUAGUCUUGUGUAAUUGUCCUUCACAAGUGUAAUGUUUGUUUUGGUUUUCUUCAAUGUUGCUAUUCCGGUUCUUUGCCCCAAUCCUGGAAGUCUUGUGUAAUUGUCCUUCACAAGUGUAAUGUUUGUUUUGGUUUUCUUCAAUGUUGCUAUUCCGGUUCUUUGCCCCAA